UUGUUUAUGGAUUAAAUUAUUUACGAUAAAAAUAGCUUCAUAAGUUGUACGUAAUCGUAGAUAACAAUAUUCCGAUAUCGUUGGAUCAAUGCUUUAAAUGUCGAAUGUCACAGAUAUUUUAUAUUUUUCCCUCGACAAAACAUUUAUCUUUUUUCUGUAUAAAAUAAUUAUAUCAGUUCGUUCAUAUAAACAUAUUACAAUUUAAUAUGUGAAUAUUGGCAACAUUUCGUUCUCAAGAUUUAGUUGAACGAAUAACCGCUAGGUGUACGAUGCAAAUAUCGACACAUGAUAAUGUAGAAAUCUCUUAUCAAAAUUUCAUUAUCUCACCGCUAGGAAAAAAACAAAAGGCUGUUUCAGAUAUUCGUUUGGUACUUUAUAUUUCUAUUAAUUCUAAGAAAUGAAUAAAGAUCCAAGAUCUACAGAGUACAGAAAACCUCGUAAAUUUUAUGGAACUCCAAUCAAUAAAUAUAUUAAUAAAGCAAUUCUUAUUUCUUCUGGUUUUCUUUUUGUAUUUGGCUGUUGUUUGAGUCCUAUUCUAAGUCCUGUUUUACAAAGAGUAGCAGAUAAAUUCAGAUUUAUACCGAAUAAAACCAUUAUUGGACCUGAUAGUAUUGAAUGGAGCUUGGAACAAAAACUAAGAGAAAGACUUAAAAUAAGGGAAGAAAUUGCUGAACAUAAUCAGCAGCAGAUAGAUAGAGAAGUACCUACUUGAAGACAGUUUGACAGAUUGGUAAUAGUAUGUAUUAUUUAAUGAAUGAUGUUAUUAAAUAUAUUUAUGAGUAAAUAUUUAUAAAUAAUUAUUAAAUUUGUUAUAUUUUAUGAGUGAUGAUCACUCUAUUUUAACCGUUUGGCUGUGAGGUGCGCUAACGCGCUCUUCUUGUGUUAUUUUAAAAAUGUGAAGCGCACGAAAGCGCUCCUGUUCUUUUUUUCUUAAAACUGCCGAUUGUUUAAUAAUGCUAUUCUGAAUCAGUAAAAUUUAUGUAUUCAAUGAAGCUCGGUAAAUUUGCGGAACAUAUAAUUUUUAAUUGUUGUAAUAAUAUUACAUAUUUCAAAGUGUUUAACAUUUUUUCUUAUACACAUAUGCAAUUUUGGCAUAUGUCCGAAAAAAUACUUUAGCUGCCAAACGGGUAAAUAUUAUAAAAUAUACAUAAUUUGUUCAUAGAUAAUGAUAGAUGAAUGUAUUGAAAUAAAAAUGUAAAUUAUAUUCGAAUUAAAUAAAUGAUGUAAAAAAAAAAUAA